AUGUCCGACUCACCAGAUCGCCCCAAACCAGCCCAGUCCGAGCCGGCUGAGGAUACUCUCGCACCCGUCCCCGCGCAGAACGAGACUGAGAAGCAACAUGACAUCAACGAAAAGCAAGAGGGUGAAGAGGUCGGAGAAAAAGAGAAUAAAUCCGACUUGUCUGACAAGCCUGAGGCCGAUGACAAGGCAUCCGAGCCAGGCGAACCUGACGUCGAUGAUCAAUCAUCCGCGCCACCAUUGCCUGACGAGGUCCCUCCUCCUCUCCCCGAAGAAGCCCCCCCAGCGACAAAGCCUGAUGAUGAUGAUGGAUGGGAACCUAUCUGGGAGCCAAACCACCAAGCUUAUUAUUUCUACAAUCGUUUGACCGGCGCCUCGCAGUGGGAGAACCCUCGCGUCCCCGACCAACCCGCCGCCCCAGGCACCGAACCUCAGCCCGCGCCCGCACCAAAGAAAGAGCCUGUGAUCGGUGGCUACAACCCAGCAAUUCAUGGCGACUAUGACCCCAAUGCGGAAUAUGCGCGCCAAUAUGAAGACCAGUCCGAGCAGACCCAGAACGCAGCCGGUGACCCCGCUGAAGGCUACGCUGCCACUGGAGCCUUCAAUCGCUUUACUGGUAGAUGGCAGGCAGCGGAUAUCAACCCCGAGAACCACAAUGAUGAGAACAAGUCCCGGCGACAGAUGAACGCUUACUUCGACGUUGAUGCUGCGGCAAACAGCCACGAUGGCAGGAGCUUGCGUGCCGAGCGCAGCUCUCGCAAGCUUACCAAGGCCGAGCUGAAGCAGUUCAAGGAGAAGCGACGGGAGAAGAAGGAGGAGAAGCGUCGUGCUUGGUUGCGUGACUAG